AUGCUACACCAAAAAGUAACACAAACGAACGAAGGUUGUAACUUUCUGGAAGCACUUUAUGCUUUAAAAACGAAAGCUCAAAAUGUUAUUGAAUUCAGUCCACAACAAAUAGUUGAUUGUUCAAGUGGUGGGAAUAUUGGUUGUAAAGGUGGCCUUUAUCCACCAACUAUUAAUUAUUUAAUAGGAAAAGGUGGUAAAAUAGCUACAGAGGAUUCUUAUCAUUAUGCUAAUAAUAACGACUCAUGCCGAAUAGCGGGUAUUAAUGAAAUUGAACUUGGUGAAAUCGAAUAUGAAGCGAUUCCUGUAGGAGAUGAAAAUAAAUUGGCUGAAGCACUUACUAAUAAUGGACCAAUAUUUAUUGGACUUGAUGCUAAUCACCUACGUUUUAUGUUUUAUAGAAGUGGUAUACUUCAAAUAAAUAGUUGUCGAAAUCGUCCGCAAGACAUGACUCAUGCUGCAACUAUUAUAGGUCAUGGUUAUGAUAACGCACUUAAAACACCUUAUUGGAUAAUAAAAAAUUCUUGGGGAGAAAAAUGGGGUGAAAAUGGUUAUUUACGUUUAAUUAAAGAUGCUGGUAAUAAGUGUGGUGUUGCUUCAAUGGCAUAUUCUACUAAAUUAAAAUAA